GAAUAGCUUGAAAACAUAUCGAAGAAGAAGAAUAUAAAAUGAUGUGAAAUGGUCACAAAGCAUUUUCUAAGUUUUUGAUCAUACAAGACUUGGCAACAAUGGCCGAUGAAGUGAUCCUUCUAGAUUACUGGGCGAGCCCAUUUGGUAUGAGAGCUAGGAUCGCUCUGAGAGAGAAAGGAGUCAAGUUUGAGUGUAGAGAAGAGAAUCUGAGAGACAAGAGUCCCUUGCUUCUCCAGAUGAAUCCGGUUCACAAGAAGAUUCCAGUUCUGAUCCAUAAUGGUAAACCGGUCUGUGAAUCAAUGAACGUGGUUCAGUACAUAGACGAGGUCUGGUCCGGUAAAAACUCUAUCUUCCCUUCUGAUCCAUACCAGAGAGCCCAAGCCAGGUUCUGGAUCGAUUUCAUUGAUACCAAGGUGUACGAGCCAGCUGACAAGAUAUGGAGUACAACAGGCGAGGUACAAGAGACGGCCAAAAAAGACUUUAUCGAAGCACUCAAGAUCCUUGAAGCUGAGCUUGGAGAUAAACCCUACUUUGGUGGAGAUAACUUUGGAUUCGUAGAUAUUGCCAUGACUGGUUAUUACAGCUGGUUCGAACCAUUUGAGAAGUGCGCUAACUUCAGCAUCGAAUCAGAGUGUCCAACACUGAUGGCUUCAGCCAAGAGGUGUUUGCAGAGAGAAAGCGUGGUUAACUCCAUCCCUAACCCUGACGAGCUCUUUGCCUUAGCCCUUAAACUUAGGAAGGAGUAUGGUGUCUGAAUCUUCCAAAUUUCACAUUUGGUUUGUGGAUUGAUUCCACCUCACGUUUCUCUUUCGAACAAAGAAUAAUGGUUUCUUGCCAUUCAAGAAAAUUUGAUAAUUGGGCUGAGCACGUCAAAUUUAGGUUAGCCUUUUGGUUUUGGGCUUGUUGAGGGCUCGAACACAACUCAUGACCCAAAUUAUAAGGCUUUGUUGUUCGUUGCGGCUACCAAUAACAAGAACCCUUCUGGUUCAAACAAACGGUGAAUCUUGUCGACCACUACCACAAAAAAGAAAAAAAAAACGUAAUAUUGCAUUCGUCGCGUCACUAUCAUUAUAAUUUGAAGUUCAAACCAAUUCUCGUUUCGGAAAAUAAUAAAUAAAACCAUUGUUUACGUUAAUGUCAUUGAAGGCAAAUAUAUUGUCAAACAAAGAGUACAAAAAGAAGAAAAAAGAAAGAUGAGGCCACGGAGCAGGAGAAGAGAGU